UUUAUGUUAAAAACAUUUUUUACUAAAAAACUAAUUAAAAUGCCAGAAUUUUUAAAAGAUUCACAAUUUCAAAUUUUAUCGUCACCAAGACAUAUUAUUGGAAAUAAUCAUCAUCAAGGGCAUUUCCCGCCUUUUAUUUCAAAUUUCACAACGUCCUCUUCAACCAAUUCAGAGUCUAGCAGCGCUUCAUCAACAACAUCUUCAAGUUCAAAUUCUUUACCAACUUCUUUUCAACCUCCUUCAGCUGAUUCUGAAUCUUACGUUAAAGUUAGAAUGCCUAAUAUUAAAGUUUUUUCUGGUUCGUCAAAUUAUGAAAUGGCCCGUUCAAUUUGCGAUAGAUUACAAUUAGAUGUAGCCAAAGCUGUUUUGAAGAAGUUUAGCAAUAAAGAAACUAAUGUAGAAAUUAUUGAAUCUGUUAGAGGAGAGGACGUUUAUAUUAUACAGAGCGGGUUUGGUUUUAUUUUAAUAUUAUAUUUUCUCUGGGUCUGGGCGAAUUUUCGAAUCCACUGUUUUGAACAUGUCAUACAAGUCCACGAAAAAUCUUGGAUACUUAAAUAAAUUGGGUCAAGCUGAAAAACCCUAGGCUUUU